CGUGAGGAGUCAGUGUGUUGAGCGUCCUCUUGCGUGUGAACUUCCACCAUUAUUUCCACUCGUGGCAGUGACAAGUAGGCAAGAAUAACAGUGGUCUCUGGCAUGUCCUGAACUGGUCGGCCUGCCUCAGUAAGAAAGAAGAGCUGUUGGUCCUGGUGCUGAAGAAGUCCUGCUUUCCAUUAGGAUGGUGAAGGCGUUCGUGGUGGCGACGGCAUUGACUCUCCUGGUGGCGGUCUCCUCUGGGGGGCGCUCCGAUAGCGACCAGGUAUGGGUGCUGCCGGAUACGGAGACCAAUCGGCAGCAUGCGACGUACCUGCAGAUGCUCGGCCUGGCUACGGUGGAGGACGCCGUCCGCAUACGCGUCUCCGCAGAGCACCUGGAGGAGGCGGCCGACUACCUGAGGCUAAUGGGGGUUUCCUGGGAAGUGUACAUUGAGGACGUCUCUCAGUAUCUGCAAAACGUGACGAGCAGCCGGCGCCGACGCGACUCUCUGCCGUAUCCUUCGCCCCGCUUCCCGUGCACUCUCGACUACUGCCCCGAGCCCCUGGUUCAUCGCUGGAUGUCCUACGAGGAGAUCACUUCGUUCGUCCUCAGCGUGAACAGCACCCACUAUGAGCGCGCCAGAACAACCAGCGUCGGGCAAACAGCUGAGGGUCGAGACAUCUGGAUGGUGACGGUACACAAGGGAACUUGCGACGACUCUCGGGGCUUCUACAUCGUGGCUGGGUCCCAGGCGCGCGAGUGGAUGGGCCCCGCCGUGGCCCUGAACCUGGUGUGGCGGCUGAUCUACGACUGCGAGGUGGGCGAGGGCCACUCCUUCUACAUCCUCCCGCUCCUCAACCCCGACGGCUACGAAUACUCCAGGACGUCGGGGAACGAGAUGUGGGUGAAGAACCGCGCCAACAUCAGUGGUUCGAGCUGCUGGGGCGUAAAUCUGGACCGGAACUUCGACUUCCAGUGGGGCGUCGCAGGCAGCGCCACCGAGCCCUGCUCCGAGGUGUUCAACGGGGGCAGCCCCAUGUCGGAGCUCGAGAGCCAGGCGCUGGACAGGGCACUGGGAAACUGCCUCGCGAUUAACAUGGUGAUGUCGCUGUCCUCCUCCAGGAGUGUCGGAGGCGAGGCCAUCCUCUACCCCUGGAGCUUUACCGCGGACGAGGAGCCGAACAACCUCACGAGGAUCCUGCGCUACGCCGAGAUAUUCCGCAACGCCUCCUUCCACGCCCACGGCACCAACCACACCCUCGUGCCCGCCUACGCCGCCCCUGCGCCCCAUUCCGGCACCUUCACGGACUGGGCGAUGAGUGUGCACAAGGCGGCCACGUCCUUCGUCGUCAGGCUCCGCGGGGACGGCAGUUACGGCAACAAUCCUAACGACAUCUUGGCCACGGCCGAGGAAUUCUGGGCCGGCAUUUACGCCUUGUGCACGCAGGUCGCCGCCGACUUCCUCUGAGCUCCGGCUGCCCUGCCGCCCCUCGGGAAGCAUCAUCAGUGCAAUUCCAAUUUGUCACUUUCCAGGAGAGGAUUUUGGAAACUUAAUUCUUAUUGAUGGUAUUGGCUGUAAUCUGAAGCAUUCCUAGUUAAUAAAAGCUAAUCAUUGAUAA